UCCACAUCAAAAUACAUGGACAUUAUAUGCUCUCUUUUAGACCAAACCACCCUGGUAGAACAAGUAAAAAGAGUCAAAGAAAUUGAAGCCAUUGAAAGUGAUUCUUUUGUUCAGCAAACAUUCAGAUCAAGUAAAGAAAUCAAAAAGUCAGUAGAAGCUAAUGAAGUGAAGCAUGCAGCAACCACAUCAGGACCUGCAUCAGUGGUGGCUGAUCCACCGAGUAAUGAAAAGGAAAUAGACCCAAGUAGCAUCCCUACUGCUAUCAAGUACCAAGAUGACAAUUCUCUGGCUCAUCCAAAUUUAUUUAUUGAGAAAGCUGAUGCUGAGGAAAAAUGGUUCAAGAGAUUAAUCGCUCUCCGACAAGAAAGGCUAAUGGGCAGUCCUGUGGCCUAAAAUAAUAUUCAUGUGGUUGAAUUAACAGUAACAUUGGAAAUUUAGGUUUUUAAAUCCUAGUAUUAACUUUUUACUCUUAAAAAUAAUUUAGCUGAUUAUAUAAAAAGGGUAAUCUCAUUUCAUUCUUUUCUCAUGUAGGCUCUACUAGUUGAUUUGAACUUAAACAUUGUGAGUAUUGAAACUAGUAUAAAGUUUAAGAAUGCAUGAAAAUGUCAUACUGUUAAUAAAGCUAAUCCUAGAAGUAUUAGUAUUAAAAUAAAUGGUAUACAGUAGUGUCUCUGAGUACAGUUUGAAAAAUAUCAAGUUGCUGUUUUAAGACACAAUUUUGAUUAGUCGUGAAUAUAAAAGAAUCAAACUAUAUGCUGUAUAAGUGUGAGAUUUCAUCUUCCAUGUAUUUUAAAACCAUCUGGAAUGUUUUAUUUCACCUUACUGCAAAAUUUUAAGCACAAUAACAAGCACUGUAAACAAUCUAAGCAGAAUGAGCCGUGCUAAUCUUAGAGGAAUAAUACAUUUAGUGAAAAAGCUACUUGAAAAUUAAAUAAAUUGAUAGUUUGUUUGCUUUGA